GAGCCUGAGCCUGAGCCUGAGCCUGAGCCUGAGCCUGAGCCUGAGCCUGAGCCUGAGCCUGAGCCUGAGCCUGAGCCUGAGCCUGAGCCUGAGCCUGAGCCUGAGCCUGAGCCUGAGCCUGAGCCUGAGCCUGAGCCUGAGCCUGAGCCUGAGCCUGAGCCUGAGCCUGAGCCUGAGCCUGAGCCUGAGCCUGAGCCUGAGCCUGAGCCUGAGCCUGAGCCUGAGCCUGAGCCUGAGCCUGAGCCUGAGCCUGAGCCUGAGCCUGAGCCUGAGCCUGAGCCUGAGCCUGAGCCUGAGCCUGAGCCUGAGCCUGAGCCUGAGCCUGAGCCUGAGCCUGAGCCUGAGCCUGAGCCUGAGCCUGAGCCUGAGCCUGAGCCUGAGCCUGAGCCUGAGCCUGAGCCUGAGCCUGAGCCUGAGCCUGAGCCUGAGCCUGAGCCUGAGCCUGAGCCUGAGCCUGAGCCUGAGCCUGAGCCUGAGCCUGAGCCUGAGCCUGAGCCUGAGCCUGAGCCUGAGCCUGAGCCUGAGCCUGAGCCUGAGCCUGAGCCUGAGCCUGAGCCUGAGCCUGAGCCUGAGCCUGAGCCUGAGCCUGAGCCUGAGCCUGAGCCUGAGCCUGAGCCUGAGCCUGAGCCUGAGCCUGAGCCUGAGCCUGAGCCUGAGCCUGAGCCUGAGCCUGAGCCUGAGCCUGAGCCUGAGCCUGAGCCUGAGCCUGAGCCUGAGCCUGAGCCUGAGCCUGAGCCUGAGCCUGAGCCUGAGCCUGAGCCUGAGCCUGAGCCUGAGCCUGAGCCUGAGCCUGAGCCUGAGCCUGAGCCUGAGCCUGAGCCUGAGCCUGAGCCUGAGCCUGAGCCUGAGCCUGAGCCUGAGCCUGAGCCUGAGCCUGAGCCUGAGCCUGAGCCUGAGCCUGAGCCUGAGCCUGAGCCUGAGCCUGAGCCUGAGCCUGAGCCUGAGCCUGAGCCUGAGCCUGAGCCUGAGCCUGAGCCUGAGCCUGAGCCUGAGCCUGAGCCUGAGCCUGAGCCUGAGCCUGAGCCUGAGCCUGAGCCUGAGCCUGAGCCUGAGCCUGAGCCUGAGCCUGAGCCUGAGCCUGAGCCU